AUGAACGUCAAAGUUAUCACCAAUAAAAGGGGUAGUAUUCUUGGCAAGAUUCCAAUCAGAAUGAGCGAAACACCCCGUCACGAGAACACUCGUAAUGCCGAAACCGGCGCUAACUAUAGAUCUUCUAUAUGGGCUGGUAGUCAGACUAACCCUAGAACAUCAGAUGAUAGAACUCGAGCCCGGACUCGAGGAGUACAGACAGGAGACAAUGAACAUCGUGAGAGGACCCAACCAUCCCGACAACGAACCAAUCCGGAUGAGGGCCUCGGGGGGAGACGAGAACAUGAUACCGAAAUACCUCGACAUCAUGAAGGAGCUCCUCCAUCGUCGCAUGGGGGAUACUGGUUUCGCGGUAGCUCGAUUAGAUCUUUAGUUAAGAGCUUUCUGGGGAUACAAAUACCAGAGGAAGUAGCUAAUAAGGGACGUAUCUCGUUCGCCGAGGGGGAAUCAUAUUUCCCGGAUCCUAUGGUUACCUUCCUAGUUGAUCGACCUGAAGAUCUCCUGUGUCAAAUUUGUCAAACGGUAACUCUCUCAAUAGGGUCGAUGGCGCACACUCCAAACGAUGAUACCCCGGCUAUCCUUCCGUGUGGGCACUUGGCUUGCCACAAUUGUCUAAGAGCUUGGGUUGAUGCGAAUCGAAGUUGUCCCUUUUGCCGAAAAGAGAUGAAGUACAGCGGGUGUGGACAUACCCUUAAGCCCGCCUUAAUCGCGCAUGAUACCAUUACCACCUUGCCGAAAACACUUCCCCGAGGUGGGAAGAUAGCUGAAAAUUGUCGCGAAUGCCAGGAUACAGAAAAUAAAGACAAGACACUCAUAUUGUGGCAUAUGGCUAUGGAAGCCGUUAGAACUAGCCGAGAAGUUCCUCCAGGAAUCGGUCCUAAAGAUGCCCAACAGGUGGCAGAGGUCACUCGUGCACUGUUCGAGAGUGUCCCGAAGUAUGCUGCAAAUAUGGUUCGGGAACGGGAUACUUGGUAAGCCAAUUAUCUCAUUUAUCUGAGCUUAAACUUGUC